AUGGCUCCCGGAGUUCUUUCCAGCUCACCUCCCUCAGAUACGGCAUUUCGCCACCCUGUCGAAGCAGAUGCACGCAGUCAGGUUGACGAGUUCGCCGUGCAAGCGGGUGUACCGAAUUUCCAGGGCUACGAUCACGUUACCUGGUGGGUGGGAAAUGCCAAGCAGGCGGCAUCUUACUAUAACACACUCUUCGGCUUCAAGACCAUUGCCUACAGAGGCCUAGAGACCGGCAGCCGGUACUUCACCUCGUACGUCGUCGAGAACGGCGAUGUCCGCUUCGUCUUCACAUCCCCCAUCCGCUCGUGUGCACAUCUUCCCAAGGACGAGCCCAUCUCCCAGGAGGAGCUCAGUCUUCUGAAGGAAGUACACGCCCAUCUAGAGAGACAUGGCGAUGCUGUGAAGGACGUUUCGUUCGAGGUGGACGAUGUAGACGCCGUCUACAACAGGGCAGUCUCUGGCGGUGCCCAUUCGGUCCAGGAGCCCACGGUGACCCAUGACAAGCAACACGGCUCCGUCAAGACGGCCGUCAUCUGCACAUACGGCGACACGACGCACACCCUCAUCUCCCGUACUUCGUAUACCGGCCCGUUCCUGCCGGGCUUCCGCGCCGCCACGCCCACGCCAUCCUCGGUGGUGGCGCCGCCCACGCGGCUCUCGCGCAUCGACCACUGCGUCGGCAACCAGGACUGGAACGAGAUGGUGCAGGCGUGCGACUUCUACGAGCGGUGCCUGUCGUUCCACCGGUUCUGGAGCGUCGACGACAACGAGAUCAGCACCGAGUUCAGCGCCCUCAGCAGCAUCGUCAUGGCCUCGGGCAACAACCGGGUCAAGAUGCCGAUCAACGAGCCGGCGCCGGGCAAGAAGAAGUCGCAGAUCGAGGAGUACGUCGUCUUCAACGCGGGCGCGGGCGUGCAGCACAUCGCGCUGCUGACGGACGACAUCCUGCACAGCGUGGCGGCGCUGCGCGCGCGCGGCGUCGAGUUCAUCAACGUGCCCGAGACCUACUACGACACGAUGCGGCGGCGCCUGGCCACCGAGAAGCGCAACUGGGAGCUCAAGGAGGACCUCGACGCCAUCCAGCGCCUCAACAUCCUCAUCGACUACGACGAGCAGGGCUACCUGCUGCAGCUCUUCACCAAGCCCCUCAUGGACCGCCCCACCGUCUUCAUCGAGAUCAUCCAGCGCAACGCCUUCGAGGGCUUCGGCGCCGGCAACUUCAAGAGCCUGUUCGAGGCCAUCGAGCGCGAGCAGGCCGAGAGGGGGAACUUGUAA